UUGUUGAUGGCAUGGAUCAUAAAGCCUCCGGGGAGGUUACUCGUCACUUGCAACGUCUGAACAAACUGCAAGCACAUCACAAUGCCUGUGAAAAGCGCUAUGAGGAGGCUAACUCAAAGAGGAGGAUUGAAGAGAAGGAGAAAACGACUAUUUUACAUCGUCAAAUCACACAGGAUGCACCAGUUCCUGGAGAUGAACUAGAGGCCACAGAACAGCAGCCUGCCCAGAAGCAAGGCAUGAAACGAGCAGCUUCAAAGGCUAAUGAAAGACAAGAUACCUCAAAGUUCAUGGCAAAAGAAGAAAGUACAGAAGGUAUUGAGGAUGCACCAGUUCCUGGAGAUGAGCCAGGGAUUGCCAAACAAAAGCCUGCCCGUAAGCGAAGUGUAAAACGAGCAGCUUCAAAAACUCCUGAAAGAUGGGACACAUCAAAGCAGCUCCUAAGAGAAGAACAAAGUGAAGGAG